CUGCCUGCCAUCUAGACGGGCGCUUUAAUCAGAGUGACUUUAUAUUCUGUUUAGCACAAUGGCAGGUACGUUUCGGGGGAACUGUCUGUGCGGCGUUGUCGGUGCAGGCGUGUGUAUAGCAGGAUGCGCCUUCCUCAUUCUAGCUGCGUUCCCCGUUGUUCAGAUUGCUUUGGGUGCAGUUUACAUACAUGAGUGUCCAGCGGGACCAGUUGUUCCAGUUUACAUGAUGGUGUUUGGGAUCUUGGGCCUGCUGAUGAUGGCCCUGUUCACCCUGCCGAAGCUCCUCUCUCCAGCAGCGCAGACUCACAGCGCCUGGGUCGUCUUCUUCACCAUCCUGUUGCUCUUGUUUUUCGUCUGGCUUCUAGUCGGCAGCUACCACGUUUAUUCCAUAUAUCCGCCCAACUAUGAGAAGAACACCACAGGUUCCAACAGCUCCACCAGGAGGAUCAGCGUUCCUGACCUCCUGACCUCAGAGAACCAGAGCCUUCACAGCCAGAACUACAGCCAGAACUUGUGGGAGAUGAUUCAAAUCCUCAACAACACAAACACAAACCCGACUAGCGCCCAACAACAGCCACAUCAAGUGGUGUCUGUGUCACCAUACUGCAACAAGACCGUGUACUUGUUUGCUUUCUGGACCACUACACUGGUGCUAGUGAUAGUGGGAAACACCCUGGUGCUCAUCAUCUGUCUAUAUGGGUUCAUGAAAUGCAUAGAUGUGUUUGUACAAUAUCUCUCCUGAACUGACUGCUGAAAGACAGAUAGAGCCAUUGCUCUGCAGAAGGGAAGAAGCAGAGAGACAGCUGUCCUGUAUGGGAUACUGAAACUGUCUUAAAUCAAUCAGUAAAUCAGCACUGGGACAUUAUGGGCUGCCAGGAGCCUGUCCAUUAGAUGUUCACAAAACACAAGUUUUCACUGUGAAAACCUAUGUUCUUUCAGUCACUAUUUAGCUGUCUAAAGAUUUUUUUAAUAUAUAGAAUUAGGACAUAAAGCUCCACCAAACAAGUCACUGAGUUUAGUUCUUAUUCUGGAGGCAAGUUCAGCUAGCUGUGAAAGGUUAAAUGAUCAAGCAGCUACUCUUUUGACUUGGCAAAUUUCAUUGUUGAUCUAAAGUCUGAAGUUCCAAGAUGGAUAAAAUUGACUGAAGU